AUGGGAAAUGUAAAGAGCUGUGUCGUAAGUGAUCCAGUUCAUGGAUUCAUUACCACCAUCGCCAGAAAACAACACAUUGUGGAGACACGCCUGUCACAUCACUUGGCUCGCCACUUCUCCAUUUUCAACGAUCUCCAACUCCGCAGCUCUGAUAGAAUUGAUCAAUUCUUCAAGGGGCUAUCUGAAUCAUCUCAAGUAUCCCUGCUCAAGGUGCUAGAUCUAGAAGGUUGUCAGUGCUUUCUUGAGAAGAAACAGCGGUACCUCAAGGAAAUCUGCAGCAAGAUGUUACUGCUCAAGUAUCUGAGCCUAAGGAGAACAAAUAUUACCCAGCUACCGAGUGAAAUCAACAACCUCCGUGAGCUAGAGGUACUGGAUAUCCGAGAAACUAAUGUGCCUCCACAUGCAACAGCACAUAUCCUGCUAUUGAAGCUGAAGCGUCUGCUUGCUGGCCACAUUGAUCCAAGUAAUUUUGAAUCUAAUCCCCAGAUUCCUCAUAGGAUCGACAAAAUGGUAAACAUGGAGGCACUACACAAUGUCAAGGCCAAGCAGAGUCAUGAUUUAAAAGAUAUUGGAAGGCUAUGGCAGCUGAGGAAGCUAGGUGUGGUUAUCGAUGAUACUGAUAAUCACCUAAGGAAUUUGCUUAAGGCGAUCAGUGACCUACAUGAGUGUCUCUGUUCUCUGUCAAUCACUAUUCCUGUAGCCGGACCACAUGAGGCAGAGUUACCAGAAGUCAAUGUAUCUUACCUAAAAAAACAUCCCAAGAUUCUUGAGUCUCUAAGCAUCAAGGGAACCACACAGAAGGGCCGUCUUCUUCCAAUGUUCAUAAAAGGCGAUAACAACAAACUUGCCAAGAUAACUCUAUGUCACACUCUGCUGAGCCAAGAUGAUCUGGAAGUCCUUGCCAAGCUGCCCAAGUUACGGUGUGUCAGGCUCCAACAUAUUCUAUGCAUCGAGCACAAGCUGAACUUCAAGAAAGGUGAAUUCGGAUGCCUCAAGUACCUUCUUGUUGAGGACUCAGACUUGACUAAUAUCACUUUUGAGGAUGAGGCAGCCAGUGAGCUCGAGAAGAUGGUUUUGUCUAUCACCAGCAAAUGUUCUAUUUCAGGAGUUGACUGCCUUCUUAACUUGAAAGAGCUUGAGUUGAACAGCAGCUUCUGCGGUAGUUUGCUUGGCGAUGCCAAACAGAUAUCCAAGCUAACUCUUCGUGGUACAUUGCUAGAGCAAGAUGCUCUUCAAACACUGGCCAAGAAACCAAAUAUACGCUCUCUGGUGCUCCUGGAUAAGUCUUUUCGUCGAAGUCAAAACAAGAUUACAUUGAAAAAAGAUGAGUUCUUGUGGCUCAACCUUCUUGUUGUUGACUGCUCGGCCAUCACAAAGAUAGUCUUCACCAGAGGAUCUGCUCCUAGGCUCAAGAAGAUUGUCUGGUCAUCUUCCACAUCUCUCUCCGGCAUCAACAAACUUCCCAGAUUGAAGGAGCUCAAGUUCAACUUCAACGGUGUCGGUGACCAAGUCCCUGUUGAGGUGAGGGAGGCCAUUAAAAACCAUAAAAACAAGCCUAGUCUUAAACUUAAUGGGCCAGAAACUCAAGACAAAGCAAAAGGAGAUGAACAAGAGGAUGACGAUGGUGCUGCAAAAUCCUCUUUCUGCUGGAAGAAACAGGUCUGA